CCUGCCCCGGAAGCCGCCGCAGCGAGAAAGAGACUCCGGGAGAGGAAGACUGUGACUUGGGCCCAGGGGCCACAGACAUCGGACACAGGCCCGGGGCAGAACAAGAGGCCGUGGACUUUACAAUGUCCUCCUUGGCAUGUGGUUGCCCCCAUCUUGAGUCUCUGGGCGAGGUGACCAAAGAAGAGCUCAUUCAGAAAUCUCACGGCAGCUGCCAAGACUGCAAAGUCAGGGGACCAAACCUUUGGGCUUGUCUGGAGAAUGGCUGUUCCUACAUUGGCUGCGGAGAGUCGCACGUGGACCAUAGCACUACUCAUUCUCAGGACACCAAACAUUGCCUCACUGUGAACCUCACCACGCUGCGAGUCUGGUGCUACACCUGCAGUAAAGAAGUGUUCCUGGAUCGGAAGCUGAACGCGCAGUCUCCGAGCGCCAAACCUCAGGAUAACAACCCCGUGCAGGAAUCAAGGAUGACAUCAAACCUGACUCUAAAAACACCCCCCGCAGUGAUUUACGAGAACCUGGACAUAGAACUGGAAGAAGAAGACGAGCUCAAGACCAGAGGUCUCACUGGACUGAAGAACAUCGGAAACACUUGUUAUAUGAACGCCGCCCUGCAGGCUCUGUCCAACUGCCCCCCCCUCACACACUUCUUCCUGGACUGCGGUGGACUGGCGCGCACCGACAAAAAGCCAGCGCUCUGUAAAAGCUACCAGAAGCUGAUGUCUGAAAUCUGGCACCGAAACAGGCCUGGCUCUGUCAUGCCUACUAAUCUGUUCCAAGGCAUAAAAACAGUAAACCCAACUUUCCGUGGCUAUUCCCAGCAGGAUGCCCAAGAAUUCCUUCGUUGUUUGAUGGACGUAUUACACGAAGAACUCAAGGAGCAAAUGUUUGAGGCAGAAGAGGAUCCUCAGCCCGGCAUGUUGGAGGAGAUCAUGGAAGAGGAGAAGAACCAGUCGGACAACGACUUUCAGUCCUGCGAAUCCGGUUCCAGCAGUGAUCACAACGAGAACGAAAGUCGGAAGUUAUCGGAGGAACUUUCAGAAUCUGCCAUGUUAAUCCAGGAGGACCAAAAGGAGCAGGAACCGGUGAAAUCCUGGCAGAAAGAAAAGAAGAACUUCAACAACCUAAGUCAGAACAACUGCCUGCCAGAUCUGGAGAAGAACCUCGAGAGCUUAGUGGAGGACAAUGAGUAUUCCUCUCAAGGAACAGUCAAGGUCCAGAUCCAGAGUCGAGGAGUAUCAGACUACGCUACAGAAGUCAUCAUGAAUGACCUGUCUGCCUCUCAGACGCCCUUACUCAGUGAAGGCUCAGCUCCUCACUUGUCAAGCAGUCCCCCAAAAUCCAGAUCUCUUUGGACAAGCCAUAAAAAAGCUCCUACAGUUUGCCUUCCUAAGAAGAAGAGGCAGAAGAAGUAUCGCAGUGUGAUCUCCGAUGUCUUUGACGGUACCAUUGUGAGCUCAGUGCAGUGUCUGACGUGUGAUAGGAUCUCUGUAACACUGGAAACAUUUCAGGACCUUUCCCUCCCUAUCCCGGGGAAGGAAGAUCUGGCUAAGUUGCAUUCAUCAAGCCAUCAGACCUCCUUAGUUAAAGCGGGCUCAUGUGGGGAGGCGUAUGCACCUCAAGGAUGGAUAGCUUUCUUCUUGGAAUAUUUUAAGAGCUGGUUUUGGGGUCCCACGGUUACACUACAAGAUUGCCUCGCAGCUUUCUUUACCAGAGACGAACUUAAAGGUGACAACAUGUACAGCUGCGAGAAAUGCAAAAAGUUAAGAAAUGGCGUCAAAUUUUGCAAAGUGCAGAAAUUUCCUGAGAUAUUGAGCAUACAUCUCAAGAGGUUCCGACACGAGCUCAUGUUCUCCACCAAAAUCGGGACCCAUGUAUCUUUCCCAUUGGAAGGUCUGGACCUGCAGCCGUUCCUUGCAAAGGACAGCCCAAGUCAGAUAGUCACCUAUGACCUUUUGUCUGUCAUCUGCCACCAUGGCACUGCCAGCAGCGGCCAUUACAUCGCCUAUUGUCGCAACAACCUGAACAGUCUUUGGUACGAAUUUGACGACCAGAGCGUCACAGAAGUGUCUGAGGCCACCGUGCAGAACGCUGAGGCUUACGUCCUCUUCUACAGAAAGUCAAGUGAAGAUGCCCAGAAGGAGCGGAGACGAGUGACAAGUCUGCUGAACCUGACAGAACCCAGCCUCCUGCAGUUCUACAUCUCACGCCAGUGGCUCAAUAAGUUUAAGACGUUUGCAGAACCUGGGCCCAUAUCAAAUAAUGACUUCCUCUGCGUGCAUGGCGGUGUUCCACCACGUAAGGCUGGCCUGAUUGAAGACCUCGUGGUGAUGCUGCCACAGAACAUAUGGGAUUAUUUAUAUGGCAGAUUUGGAGGGGGCCCAGCUGUGAACCACCUCUAUGUAUGUCACACCUGUCAGCAUGAACUGGAGAAGAUCGAAAAAAGGCGGAAAAUGGAACUGGAGACGUUUAUUCGGCUAAAUAAAGCUUUCCAAGAAGAGGACUCUCUGGCUGUCAUUUACUGCAUCAGCAUGCACUGGUUCCGGGAGUGGGAAGGGUUCGUAAAGGGCAAGGACGUCGAUCCUCCUGGAGCAAUAGACAAUUCAAAAAUAGCCGUCGCAAAGUGCGGGCAUAUAACUCUGAAACAAGGAGCAGAUUCUGGGCAGAUAUCAGAAGAAACUUGGCAUUUCCUCCACUCCAUCUACGGCGGUGGUCCCGAGAUCACCCUCAGACAAACUGUCCCUGUCGCCGAAGCCGGCCAGUCGGAGGAGAAGAUUGACGUAGAGACGCGGAAUGUAUAACCUGCUUUCUUGGCGCUGGCGUCCUGUCCCUGGAGACGCUAAUCUGUGGCGGGUUCUUGAUUUUGACCUCUAGACAUUCCUUCACCUUCACUAUACAUUUAGAAGCGUUUAUCGUUCUUUUUGGCUGUGAUUUUAAGUGUCCUAUUUAUGUUUUCUAUGAGAGCGAGGGGA